CGAGGUUUGCACAUAAAUAAGCGAAACCGGCCCGAUGGAGUGCGAGAUUCUGUUCACUACUCGCGCACGCUACUGAUCAAAACCCCUCCACAACAGUCAUCGGUUCUCGUAUUGUACUCGAGGUGUCACGCACGGCUAGGUUCCAAAUUUUGCGUGUCGAUCGUGAUAAUAAGUUGCUAGUGGUCGCUGUCAUUAGAAGCUCUUUUUGUUGGCAUCGCUAGUGUGUACAACAUGGCCGCUUAUAGUGCAAGCACUUCCGCAAUCUGUACUGGCUUACGGAUCCCCGUGUUACUGAUUGUUGUUGGCUUCCUCGGAAUGUCGUUCGCUUGUAAUGGUGGGUACAAGUUGAAGGUGAAGCAGAUUGAAAACUGUGCCGGUCCGGAUGCGGUUAUUACGGCGGAUAACAACUUCACCGUCGUCCUCACGAAGGACUGUGACGUCAAGGCACGUGGUUGUGUGCGGUUCAAGGACUUCAAAACGGCCAACGCCAAGUAUACCAUCAGCAAGGAUGGCGUACAGGUAAUGCAAGGCUCGAUGGAUCUCUGCAAUCAAGCGUCACGGCCACGGCGCACGGAGAACAUUGCGGCACUGCUUCGCACCCUCGGUGUACCGGAAAAGUGUCCCGUUGAAGCGGGACAAAUUUGUAUCGAGCCGACCCAGGCGGUGAACAUUCAGCGAUUCCAGCAAUACCUUUCGCUUGCCCGUGGAUCCAUUAGUGUUGAUAUUGCGGUGCAGCAUGAUUCGGGUAAAAGUUGUUUUAAAAUUCGUUUUGACAUCACAAAGUAAUGGAGAUCCUGUGACGUACUAUGUCGGUCGACGGUUGAACCUCUACUGAAGAGAACAAGGAAUGGAUAAGGAUUUGUACUUUCUUGUAACAGGAUGCGCCAAAGUAUAUUACGCAAAUAAAACCAUCACUCCAAUGCAA